AUGCGUCGAGACAUUGAUACUAUCUUUCUUACAGUCGGAUAUCAGUGGAUGACAUGGAACUACCUGAAUCCGUUUAUUGAAUACCCCAACUGGCCGGGACAUACCCAAACGAGAUACAAGCAUGCGGAGAGGAUUUUGGGGAGGGAAAAUCUCGCGGCUGCUAUGCACUCGAAGACCUUCCAGACAGCAUUACAGAUUUUCCCCGACGAACACUGGCUCCUGCCUUUCGAUCGCAUCGAUGCCAAUCGAGAUGGUCUCGGAAUUUUUACACUUAUUCAAAGGAUUCCCUACCUGCGACACUAUGACAGCAGCAGAUUACCCGAAUUUUUUAGGGGCGGAGACAUUAGCCAGCGAAAUAGAACUAUCCACACAAUCCAACUUACGCACCACUUUCAGUCUAUCCACCCCCACCUGAAUUCCGGGCAAAAUGCUUCUCUUGCGCAUUCCAGGUCACGAGCGAAGACUGCCAGGGUUAUGCUGGCCGGUGAAAGGUGUACCUGCAGAUUAAAUUUAGCCGCGGGCAUGGUGAACAACCCUAGGCCAUUGGUUGAAAUCUGUGAAUUUGAUCAAAUACCUGGAGAUUCAGCAUCCAUCAACAGCGGAGUACGCUCGCUCUCAAACAUCAAGAAAGGGGCUACUAUCGGAAAAUACACUGGCGAGUUUAUUCACCUCGAUGUCGUGGAAGACAGCGAUGACUAUGCUUUUGACUUCUGGCCAUCUACAUUUAUCGGGAAAAGUGGGCCGGAUGCUGGAACAGAACAAGACUGCUGGGGAUCAACUCACAUGCCAUUAUGGAAUGAAUUACUUUAA